ACCCAAGCGCUAGAGAUGGGCCGUGGCGCUGCUGUCCCCCAGCGCGGGGGGUGGCUGUGGUCAGGCCGUGGGGCACGGCCACAGCACGUGGCACGGGGGUGCUGGCGCUGGGGCCAAGAUGGGGAUGAGCGGACAGGAGCACGCCAGCCCCGGCCCCGCUGCAGCCUCCCCGCCGUCCGCCAGGGGACGCACUCCCCUCUCGCGCGACGCUCGGCACCUGCCGCUCGAUGGCCGCGGCGACACUCUGCCCGGCACCGUCUCUAUGGCGCCCCCGCGGGGGCCGCUGCCCUUCGCUCCCUGAGCCGGGGCCUGCUGCAGGCCGGACGCGCCGGGGACAUGGCCAAGUACCUGGCACAGAUCAUCGUGGUGGGGGUACAGGUGGUGGGCAGGGCCUUCGCUCGGGCGCUCCGGCAGGAAUUUGCAGCCAGCCGAGCAGCGGCCGAUGCGCGGGGACGUGCCGGGCCCCAGUCUGCUGCAGCCACCAGCAUCUCGGGGAUCAGCCUGCAGGAGGCCCAGCAGAUCCUCAACAUCUCCAAGCUGAGCCCGGAGGAAAUUCAGAAGAACUACGAUCACUUGUUCAAGGUGAAUGACAAGUCAGUGGGGGGAUCAUUUUACCUGCAGUCUAAGGUGGUGAGAGCCAAGGAGCGGCUGGACGAAGAGCUCCGAAUCACGGCCGAGAGACAGAGUGAAAGAGAACAGGGGCAGAAGCCAGAGACGUAACUACCCCCCUAUGCCCUCUUCUCAGCCCCUCUAAAUUAUAGCCAGCCAAUAAAUCCCCUCUCUGCA